AUGCCCGUCAUCGCCAUGUUUUGGGGCCACUUGCUUGCCACUGUGGUUGUCGCCACAGGCCCGGCUGCUGUUGCGGCCAGCCAGUGCGAGGGCUUCCCGAAGCUGAGUGGAAAAUUCUUCCAGGGAGCGGUUGCUUCUAUGACAAUCCAACGUGAGGACAAGACUCCUCAAACAGCGAGCUUCACGGGCAACAGGAGCGUGGCAUUUAGCUACUCCACGAGAUCUCUGUUCUACGUGUCGACACAGAGAUCUGCCGAGAAAAUUUUGCCCGAUGGUCAUAUGGAGUUUCAGGAAGACGGCCGCGUGGUCUACUUUUAUGUCAUACUGCGUCCGGACCUCUGGGACAAAACUCCAGAUACGCUCGACUUGUUCGGAAUCAACUAUCCUUUCGCCUGCGUCUUUGUGUCGGAGGAGAGUCCAGCAGAGCUUGAGUGCACCGAUGUGUUUUCCUUUCUCUUCGUCAUGCGGAUCAGGCUUCGGUUCGCUCCCGAUGGAUGCACCCCUGUGGGCUUUGAGGGGUGGCUGACAACGUCGACAGACAAUUUUGAGGUUGCACCUGGGCAAGCGAGAACUCCACAAGCUCGCUACUACGAUGUCGAUCUUGUGGAGACGCCGGGGCCGGAGUUUGCCUUCAAUCCAAACGCAGGGCCGGCUGAGGACUGCGAGUUUCCCACGCUUCCCAGCUCCGUUCGAUUUGAGGGUGGGCUGGAAGAUGUGUUUGUUGGCUCCCUGAACGUUUCCGGAGAUCACGAGAUUCGGCAAUUGGACGAGUUUGGGGACGAAGCGGUCAAUGGGACGGUGUUGUCGAUCGUCACCACCGGGCGUCUCGGCAGGUCUCUAAAUACACAGCCGCAGAACAUGGUCUGCCUGUGUUUGCCAAAUUACCGCCUUCAGUGUCUGAACCAGAUGACCAAUGCGUUUACGCAGGGAACCCUUCAAGGUGUCGAGCGAAGCACAUGCACCGCCAAGGGCUUUCAGCUCGUGGGCCUUUUCCGCGACAAGUUUCGCACAAUGUUUGGGCCCGCUGUUGUAGACACGCAGCAAGCGCCUGGGCUUGAUUUGUUGCAGAGUCCGCAGCCUGCGCCGUCCGAAGCCGGUUUUCCACUGCUCACCAACUUCAUUUGUGAGUGGAGCGGCUUUUCGCGGCCACAACGACGUCCGGGACUGUCCGCUACUUUCCGUAACUAUGGGUCCUACGACAUUCUCUUCCGGGAGUACUAUGUGCUGGCUAACAGGACAGAUCAGUUUAGAGGGCCAGCAGACGACGGGCGCUACGUUGUUCUGCGGCCGCUGUCUGAUCAAAGCGUGGAGUGUGCGUUCGCCAACAACCACACCUUCAGCUGCAUCCAUGCAGUAAACUGCCUGUCGGUUCAUGGCACAGUGGCGGUUGACAUGCAUUUCACAGUGCAAAGCUUGCAAUUUUUCGGGAAUAGCGGUGGUUUUUGCUUGGGACAGCCCGUGCCAAGUGACUACGACCGUUUUCUGGACCAAGCGGAAUCGCUGCAGUGGAUGGGCAAAUGCACCGCGGAGCAGGAAGUGACGCAGUUCGAGUUCUGGGUUUGCACAUGCGCCGUGGACAACCCGGACACGCUCCUGAGGCCCUGUGAUUUGGAUUCGAUUCCGAUCGCUCGGAGCCAAGCGCUCUUCGUGGAGGAGUGCGAGGCGAUGAGUUCGGAUCCGGGAAGCUGCGCGCAGGAGUUUGCCGAUCUCGGGCAGUUCCAGGAGAGACCCGGGAACAGCUACUACGGACGGUUCUUUGUGCCCACGCGGGCCAAUUGCGCGCUCUAUCGCAGUGUCCGAGACCGAUGGCAGAACGGCAGCAGCGAUAACAGCGCCACCCCAGCCAGCAGCGCAGGAGUUUCGCUGUGCCCCUCAGUUCCAGAUGUGGCACGGGACCUGAUUAUUUCCUUGCUGGUGUCGGAGCCUGGCGGCGAUCCCAGCGGAGUGGAGCUCUACGCCCUCCGCGGCUUUCAGAACGAGACCGUGAGGAUCGUGAAGAACUUCGGGGCUUCUUUCGAGCUCAGCUUCGACACAGUCACGCAGGGGAGCUUUUUCACCGUGGGAUUUGGGAAUGGGACCGCCUUCGAGGAGUUCUUCGGCUUCCAGCCCGACUUUUUGGCUCCGUUCUCCUUCGCCAUUGGCCGGGACAUCCUCGAAGUCCAGGGCGCGGGCUUCGGGGCAGAGAUCUGGCGGCCCGUGGACGCCAACAACACGCCGCUCUUCCAGGCCGACCAGGGCUUCGCAGCCCGCAAAGCCGAAGCUCCGCAGCCGUACGCGCCGGGCUUCCAGCAAUGGAGCCUUGCUCGAAGCGUCGGCAGCACGGUGGCUGCACCCUGGGGAAGCUUCUGUGGAACACCGGCGCCGGAGAUCCCAUGCCCUGCCGUGCCGCCGGACGGGACCGUGCCGGGCCUGAUCUUCUCUCUGGUGGUGUCAGACGCGACUGGCGCCGUCGCCCUUGAGCUCUUUGCCAUGCGCGAGCUCCGAGAUUACAGGCCUUUUCUCUUGGUGGCAAAUCCUUUUCUUGGGAUCAGUUUUGCCGACUUUCUGGGAGCGAGGAGGAGCAUACCUCAAGGUACUUCCAUCACCGUUGCUUUCAACACUUCUGACUCGCUCCAACUCAUCCCAGGGCAGAAGCCCGACUAUCAAUUGGACUUCGACUUCGAUACCGCCAGUGGCUACUCUUUGCUGCUCUACGAUGCUGUUUCCGGAGAGUUCACGGACACCUGGAUCUGGACUUUCCAAGGCUUUGCAUCUCGUCGGCCCGGGCCUGCGCCGCUUCCUGCCCUUGCCGUCUACUUUGGGAGUGUAGAUGGAGUUGAACAGUACUUCGUCUCCAGCAAUCUGGCCUCCGUUCCCUGGGGCACUUACUGUGUGACUCCAGCAACUCCCGCUUGUCCUCCGGCACCAAGCGGCGAGCUGCCGAAGAUCUUCAAAAAUACCGGCAAGAUCGUGCCAGGUCUCGUCUUCUCCCUGAUGGUCCUUGGCCCGGACUCAGCUGCGCUGGAGCUUACGGCCCUCCGGGAUCUUCGGAAUCCAAACCAGAACUUCACGUUGAGCGUUCUCAACAGCAGUCUGUUCGUAACAGCCUUGGCCAACCUUCCAGCACUCGACAUGUCUGCAGGCGAGAGGAUUUGGAUCAUAUUUACGGAGAACCCGGAUCCGUUUGGACUUUUCCCUGGACCCCCUUUUCCACUUGCUCUUGGUGCGCCAUUUGGAUUCCAGAACCAGAAAGGCGAGAUCCUGACAUUGGUCUCCGCAGACGAGGUCGAAGACAAGCUUUGGGACAGGUGGGGCAUCCCCCGUUCACAGCGACGUGAAGGUGAAGAGUGGGUAUUUGGGGAGGGCUACGCUGCCCGCAAGCCUGGGUUGGCGUCAAAUUCAUGGGAAGGCCUUACCCAGUGGAGCAUCACCCAGAAUGUGUAUGAUCCCGCACGUGUGCCCUGGGGCACGUACUGCGUAGGCUGA